GAGAUCAGCGCAGCAACGCAAAGCAGUGUGGAUUGUGGAGUUCUGAGGCACUGAGCGCUAACACUACUGUUUUCUAACGAUACUGGAUCUUUGUUUCAAAUCAGUCGGUGCAAGUUCCUCUCGCUGCUGAGCAGCGCAAACUGCACCACCAGUAACUCAUAAGAUUAGCGCAAACUUUACGAGGUUCCUGAUGGUGGUGUACGCAUCUGUGCGUGAGAGACGCCUACUGUGCUCGCCAGGGUUUUCUAAGAACAUGUUAGGAUCUGAAAGUUGAAUGUCCCCAGGACAGGAGAAAAACAAGAUUCCCACCGCGGCCCCCACAUUUUAAGACUCAUGAUGGAUGCUGGUGUGGGCUUGCAGGAGGAGGAUGUGGAGGAGUCCUGGACAAUGCUGUCAUGGUUCGCCUCUUCUCUUAUGGUGUUUGGAGGAGCCCUGCCUUAUGUGCCCCAGUACCAGGAGAUCCAGAGGUCCAGCAACACUGAGGGCUUCUCCACCAGAGUGUGUUUAGUGCUCCUCAUAGCCAAUAUUCUACGCAUUUUCUUCUGGAUUGGAAAGCAGUUUGAGCUGACCCUGCUUCUUCAAAGUGUUGUGAUGAUCCUGACCAUGUUUGCCAUGCUCCACCUCUGCUGCGCCGUCCAAAGCACCAACCGAGUGAGCACAAAACAGCACAGACUUUCAGAACUGGACCUGAACUACUUUUGGAAGUGGAGCCUGUUUGAGGACUACCUGCUGUUCUGUUUUGGCUUCACGGUGCUGUGUGCGGUGGUCACUCUGCUGCUGCUGGACUCUGCCGUCUUUGUGGAGACACUGGGGUCCCUGGCUCUCCUGUUUGAGGCUAUGCUCGGACUGCCGCAGCUUCUACAGAACUUCAGCAACCGCUCCACUAAGGGCAUGAGUGUGAAGAUGGUCUUGCUGUGGACCGCUGGUGAUGUAUUCAAAACCACCUACUUCGUCCUGAACAGCAGCCCGGCUCAGUUCUGGGUUUGCGGCUCUGCUCAGAUCCUCAUCGACGUCGCCAUUCUCUUCCAAGUGCUGCUUUACAACCAAGACACACGGAUCAAACUGGGAUAAACACUAUAGUGUAACAGGGAUAUAAGCAACCAAGCCUAUCCAUGUGCCUUUAUCAACCAAAUACCUUUUUUUUAGCCCUUUAACUACUGAAUGUGUUGCACAAAAAUUGCGGUGACACCAAAAUGAGCCUUGCCCGCUCUGACAUGAGCAAAAGCCUUAUUAGAACAUUUUAUUACAUACAACUGCAUAAUAUUAGGAAGAAAAAAAAGGAUUUGUGAUGGAGUAUGAUCGCGUAAUCUUAUAGGAUGAGAUUGUUUUAAAUUUAUCAGAAUAACGUGAUGUAAUCCAAAGCCUAUUCAUUUAUUGUAAAGUCAAAAACACUUGAAUCAGCCUCUUACUGUCACUGAAGUGCGCAGUGUAGGUUAAGUGUUUUACCCAGAGACACAAUGAGAAUAUGCACAUAACGCACAUAAGCUUCAAACUAGUGACCGCUCUUAUUCUUUUUUUUAUGUGAAUAGACCAACGGACAACCCAGUACUACACCACUGAUUAUUAAGCACGUUUUAAAGCAGACAUACACUAAAUCUAAGACUGUUACAAAAUCAUGCUAUGUGUUAUCUGUGAUGGCGGCUUCUAUUAUGAUCAUCUCUGUAACACUAGGACUCCUGCUGUAAAGGCUGGAACUGAACCUACGACGACUGGCUGCUUGAUGGAUACAGAAGUCUCCCACUCCUCUCUCCACGUCUCACUGGAUUCCUCUCAGAAUAUAUAAUGCAUGCGUGUGUGUAUUGAUUUUCGCCUUCGGCUCUUGAGAGCGCUGGUCAAGGCCGUGCUAUACCAGGUAAUGGUGACUACUCACUCCAUCAAUCUGUAUCAUGAUGGUGCUUUGUGGCUCGACUGACAAUCAAGGAAAGACAAAGAAUCAUGUACCAAAAAACUUGAGAACUGUUACCUCAGUGUAGGGCUGGGCCGAUAUGGUGAUAAGAAAAAUCGAUCCGUGAUCUCAUUCCUGUGACAAUCUGAUGUUUUGGGGAACUUGUCAUGUCUUGAUUCACCAUUUCUCUGGGCUCAAACUGUAACUUUAAGCCUCUGAGUGAGAUACAAUCAAAAGAAUCAGAUCAGCAGAAACAAUAAGAAGUGUACAUGAAUCGUGAUCAAAUUGAAAUCAUGAUCUGGCUCCAAGAAAACUGAUUUGAAAACUUUUGCCAUGUCGCCCACCCCUACCUCACUGUUAUUUUAUCUACAUGUAUUGCAAAUCAUGGACAAGAACUGAUUCAAGCAACUUAUUUGUGUUGUGAAUUAUAAAUUGUAAGUUCAGAUUUGCCCAUUAACUCAUCAGAAGACGCAUAAGUAUUUAGAUCAUUUUAGAUUUUGAGAUAUUUAGUCAAGUCUUAAUACAAACUUUGGAGUCUUACCUAAAUAUUACAGUGUGUAUUACAGUCAGAAGCUACUGGUCAAUCCUGGAGUCACUACUCAAAUCAGCCUGAAUUUCUCAAACUGCUUUUUAUUAAAUGUUUUUUAAAGUAUUUAUUGAGGUUACUGACUAGCUCCAAAACCACUUUAUAACAUACAUAACACUUAAAAUGUAUCUCUGCAUGUACGCCUGUCACAAUAACAAAUUUUGAAGCACGGUGCUACAGAGAAAUACUACAAUAAAUCAUAAUUCUGAACCGACUUUAUGCCUCUGACACAAAGAUCAUUCUCAAUAAAUUAAUUUUAAAAUAUACAGUAACGUUAAAAGGCCUGAGCUGCAACAAAUAAACAGCAGAGUGAAGCAAUAAUUAGCCAUAAAAGUUAUUUAUUCAACGCUCUACAGCUUAAAUCUCAUCGUAUUACAGCAAAAAUAACAAAAAAUCUCCCCAUUAUUGUCCCCACGAUAAAGAUUGUGCCCAAAAAUAUAUUGUUGCAGCUUCCAUGUAUUGAACGAUAAGUUGAUGUAGUACCGGAAAAUUACCACGACAGGCCGAUCUGUAAACUAAACGUGCAUGUUAACUAUUUUAUGCUAAUUUGUGAACUUGCUUCUAUCCACGUUUCUAUUUUGUUUUGUGUCUUUUGAAUGUGAGUCGUCCCUCUCCAUCUACGUCUCCUUCCACUUCCCAUGUUGAACUUGACUGUAUAUGUUCUGAUUUAUGUAAGGUUACUGUCAAAGCAUUGAUAAUCUGUCACUUAAACACAUCCAGAUCAGAGCUGUAAAAAGAUGAGGUUAUAAACUUCAAUUAUCCCUUGGGCAAGGUCAUUCACCAAGAACAUGUUCUUUGCAACGCUUUCACUACAUUUUGUUAAAUAUUAUGGAUUCCACGUAUUUUUCUUGGAUCCAGGCUGACUACAAAUGGCUAAGCUCGUUAUAUAAUAGAUUGCAGCUAUUUAAACUGCUAUUAUAACUCUAUACAUCACAGUUUAAACUUGCAAAUAUGCACAAAUAGCCUCAGGAAGGGCUGUUUUGAAUGAUUUAUCUAAUCAGUAUUCUUCAAAGGAGUCACACUGGCCCUGUAGCAUGGUUUAAUUAUAUAGCUACAUGCUUAUUUAUAGGAACGUCUUUUUACAGCAGCAGCCUCUACCCAUGUGUCACCUGUACAUACUGAGUGCAUGUUAAAAUUUCACACUGCACUGGUUUUGACUCUGCAGUGUUCAAAGGCACAAAGCUACAUUGUACCGCCACCAUCCUGCUACUGGGUCUGUUUCAUUUGUGACUAUAUAAGACACCACAUUUUAUUGAGUGAUUUUAAUAUUUAUGUUUUAAUCAUGCCAUUGUCAAGUGGUGAAUUUAUUCUCAAAGGACUGAAUAUAUUUAAAAGCCAAAGAAAAGCUUUGUUUUAAGAAAAUGUCAGAUCAAAGUAAGAUUGUAACCUUGGUUUAAACUGGUCUUUGAUUUUAUAUAUUUUUUUUUAAAUCCUUCUUUUUGUUAUUUUAUGCUGUGGGUUUUGCCAAGCAAAAUCAAUUUAACAUGCAAUAUGUAUAUUGUUUUGAGUCUUAUCUCUUCUGCUCCGUUACUUCCAGCUUCAUUGCAUGUAUUUCAAUAUCCAGGUGUGUGUGUUAUCAAAAGAUAUAUAUCUGUAGUAUGUAUAUGUAUGUUUUUUAUCCUGCCACUAUAGGCCAAAAAAAGCAGCUUUAAUAGAUUUUAUUUAACUUUUAGAUACUAGUCUUUAUAUGAAAAGUUUACAGUCAGGCCUUUGAGUGAAAACUUUCCUGGAACAGGAAAAAGCCGUGUGCUGGCAUCAAAUAAGGACUGGGUGUUUUGGAGCAGAAGAACAUUUACUUUAGUUGAAAAGUGUUAAAAUGUGCAAUGUGAUUCACAGCCAAAAUAUGUAUUUAAAUUUGUGACCGUGACACAUGGCUUCACUUUUGUUGUUUGCUUUGACUUUUGCCAUUGGCCAAAACACAUUUUUCUUGUACUGCAUGCACACAUUCAAACCAAACUGAUAAACACUGACGAUGUACCAGAACAAAGAGCCAUAUUCGAAGCAAACUAUUUGUUAUGUUUUACGUUUGUUAUUAUGUUGUGUUACCCAAUGUUUUAGUGCCAUGUUUUGCCUGCUUCCAACAAGCAAUACAAAAUACAAACUCUGUCUAAGUUUGUUAUUUCUUGUAUCAUCGUUUAAAGUGAAUGAAUGUCUUGAAUUAUAUUUAAAGUUUUACAUUUCAUUUUGAGCUACUGUCACAGCAGUGUCUUUGUGUGAGCGUGCAGAUUGUGGACAUUAAACAUGAUUUAAAGGCUUAAAAA